CCUCCGCGAAAUUUGCCUGUGCUCCCCCAGACUCUCCGUCUAACCACCAUCUUCCCCUCACUCUGCAAAAAAUCAUCUUACAUUCCGUCUCUUUCUUAAUAUGAGCAAUGGAAUCGUGAACAACUCGACUGGUCUCGAGGGCAGCUUCGCUUCUCUCGGUCUCAGCAAAACGGCCUAUGUUCCUCCCCACAUGAGGAAUUCGCAGCGGGCUGCAUCUACGAACGAGGAUGUUCGUUUCAGGUCCGACGCUCCCCCUCGCACCAGCACCCCCGGCUCAGGCCGUGGUGGUUUCACUCCCGGUGGAGACAGGCCGGCGUCCUUUAACAACAAUCGUUCCUUCUCCGGGCCUGGUCGCCCCCCUUCCCAAAACUGGUCCAGUGGCGGCGGCGGCGGUGAGCGCGGCGGCGCCAUCGGCUUCGGCGCGUGGCGCGACGGCAAGCACGUUCCCGGCGGUCGUAACGCCCGCCUCGAGAAGGAGCUCUUCGGUGACGUCGGCGAUGUUACCAAGCAGCAGACCGGUAUCAACUUCGAGAAGUACGACGACAUCCCCGUUGAGGCCACGGGCGCUGGCGUCCCCGAGCCCGUACUCGAGUUCACCAACCCUCCCUUGGACCCCGUUCUUUUGGAGAAUAUCGCUAUGGCGCACUACACGACGCCUACCCCUGUCCAGAAGUAUUCGAUCCCCAUCGUAGCUAACAACCGUGACUUGAUGGCCUGCGCGCAGACGGGUUCCGGUAAGACCGGUGGUUUCCUGUUCCCCAUCCUGUCGGCGUCCUUCGCCGCUGGACCCGCGCCCACCCCCGAUCAGGGUGCGAGCUACGGCCGCCAGCGCAAGGCCUACCCUACGGCUCUUGUCCUCGCGCCGACUCGUGAGCUCGUCUCGCAGAUCCACGAGGAGGCCCGCAAAUUUGCCUAUCGUUCCUGGGUGCGCCCUUGCGUCGUGUACGGUGGUGCCGACAUCGGUCAGCAGCUCCGCACCCUCGAGCGUGGCUGUGACCUGCUUUCUGCCACUCCUGGUCGUCUCGUCGAUCUUAUCGAGCGUGGCCGUAUCAGCCUUGCCAACAUCAAGUACCUCGUGCUCGAUGAGGCCGAUCGCAUGCUUGACAUGGGUUUCGAGCCGCAGAUUCGCCGUAUCGUCCAGGGCGAGGACAUGCCCGGUGUUCAUGAGCGUCAGACCCUUAUGUUCAGCGCCACCUUCCCCCGCGACAUCCAGCUGCUCGCCAAGGACUUCCUGAAGGACUACAUCUUCCUGUCCGUCGGCCGUGUCGGUUCGACCUCCGAGAACAUCACGCAGAAGAUCGAGUUCGUUGAGGACCCUGACAAGCGCUCCGUCCUGCUCGACAUCCUCAGCGCGAACCAGGCGCCGGCUGCCAACGGCGGCAACGGCAUGGGUCUGACGCUCGUCUUCGUCGAGACCAAGCGCAUGGCCGAUGGCCUGUGCGACUUCCUUCUGUCGCACCGCAUGCCCGCCACGUCCAUCCACGGUGACCGCACCCAGCGCGAGCGUGAGAUGGCGCUCAACACCUUCCGCUCCGGCCGCACGCCCAUCCUCGUCGCGACCGCCGUCGCCGCCCGUGGUCUCGAUAUCCCCAACGUCACCCACGUCGUCAACUACGAUCUGCCUGGCGACAUCGACGACUACGUCCAUCGCAUCGGUCGUACGGGUCGUGCCGGUAACACGGGUGUCUCCACCGCGUUCUUCAACCGCUCGAACCGCAACAUCGUCCGCGAGCUCGUCGAGCUCCUCCGCGAGGCCAACCAGGAGGUCCCGCAGUGGCUCGAGAGUGUCGCGCACGAGGUCGCGUUCGGCUCUGGCGGCGGAGGCUACCGCGGCGGUCGUGGUCGCGGUCGCGGUGGCGGCCGUGGCAGCAGCACUGGUGGUCGCGACUACCGCUUCUCCAGCGGUGGUGGCGGCGGCGGUGGCUUCAGCGGCGGCUACAGCGGUGGUGGAGGCUACUCUGGCGGAGGUGGCUACGGUGGAGGUGCUCCGCGCUACGGCGGCGGUGGAGGCGGUGGAGGCUACAGCGGUGGUGGUGGUGCUGCCGGUGGCUGGUGGUAAAUCCAUCCACCGCCCUCCAGCUACCCAGCUGCUGCUCGGUCUCACGCAUAUCCUAUGCCUCCCCUCCUUUGUGUUCAUGACCCCGGAUCCCCUUA